UGUAUUGCUAGGUUCAUCGUGUUGUAGCUCACGUCAAAUGGCUCGACCAGCACUCGUGGAUUUUCGCAAAUCUGCAAAUGCUAACAUUAACGUUACCUCAUAACAUUUUGGACAGUGUUUUGACGUGGGGGUAUUGCGCACUGUUUUUCGAUGCUUCUUGAGUCUAUAUAUACACAGCCUUGAAACACUAGCAGGGACCUAACGUUAUUGAACUAAUGGCUUACAUUAACCCCAUUGCUGCUGCUCGAGCCAGGGGACCGGCACAGAACUCCGGACCAACCAUACAAGAUUAUUUAAGCAGACCUCGACCAACAUGGGAGGAAUUAAAGGAGCAGCUGGAGAAGAAGAAGAAGGGCUCUCGAGCCCUGGCUGACUUUGAGGACAAAAUGAACGAUAAAUGGAGGAAAGAACUGGCAAAAAACCGAGAGAAGUUGUUAGGUGGAAGUGACAAAGAGAAAGACAAAAAGACAACAGACAAGGAAAAAGAGGAGAAAAAAGAGAAAAAAGAGAAAAAGAAGAAAGAGAAGAAGAAAUCCAACAGGCAUUCUUCAUCUUCCUCCUCCUCAUCGAGUUCUGAUUCCUCCAGCAGCUCCUCCUCAGAAUCUGAAGAUGAGGACGAAAAGAAGAGUGUGAAGAAAAAGCGCAAGAGAAAGAAGUCGUCGGCUAGAAGAGCAUCAGACAGCUCAGAGGAAGAAUCUGAUGCUGAAAGCAAGAAGAAAAAGAAAAGAAUCAAGGAAGAAGGGGACAAAGAUAAGGAUGACAAGAGCCGUAAAAGAAAAAGGAAGACUGAGCGAAGUUAUAAAGACACAUCUUCAGAGUCCUCUGGGAACUCUGAGGGGGAGGAGGUAGCUGAAUCUAAGAAGAAAAAGAGAAGUAGUGAGGAAAAGGAUAAAAUUACAGAUAAAUCCAAGAAGAAGAGGAAAAAGAAGCACAAAAAACACGGCAGAAAAAAGAAAAAGAAGGCAGCAUCUCAGUCAGACUCGGAGCUCGACUAACAACCUUUACUGUUCCCUCAUCCUCCUGACAGUUCACUAGUAGUUUUAUUUUUGCCUUUGAUUUAUAAAAACUUCCCCCAUCCAACUUCGGUCAUCACGCUUGAACAAGAGACUUACAGACUUGUAAUGCUGGGGUUCUGGGAGUGAAGUGAAAUAGAGGGAUGGGUGCCUCCCUCAAAGUGGCAACUACUGGUACAUCUUUGGUUGGUUUUUAUCACCAUGCUUUUUGUAGAUGAUUGUUCUUUGAGUUACACUCAGUACUCCCCCCUCCCCCAUCUUGGAGAUUCCAAUGUGACCAGCACUUCCUUUCACCUUCAGUAUGCUGGCCCUCUCGGAGUUAUUCUCUCCACUUCAAACCCAACAUCUUGCAUUUCUAGUUGCUACAUGAGGCUGUUAUGCUAGUGCCUGCGUCAUGCAUGUAGACCUGAUGUCUCACCAGCCUCAUAUUGAAGUUGGACUUAUGAUAAGAAAUGUGAGCUGCACAGUCAACAUUUAUACAAGGGAUACUUGUUCCGUCAAACAAAUUGUUACACUGCAGUGUAAAUGUAUAAACAAUGGGAAUUCAUUAAUAAAGUAUUGUUUUAGCCUUUAUUGCUGUUACUUAGUUUCACAAUAAAGGUCGUGACUCAUG